GUUCGUCUGACAUUCGGGCCACUUUAUCGGAAUGAGGAGCACGUAAACAAGAGAAUCUCGGCCCACGGUAGAUUAGCCAAGGAAUCGGGUGGCCAGCAGGAUGAUACGGCCCUUCGUCACGCUGCUCUACUUCCUGCUGACCAGUUCGUCCAUCGUCUUCACGGCCUGUGUGAACAAUGUCACGGGCACCAGUUCGCCCGGACCCGGACCCGGACAAAGCACCUCGUUGACCAGCGGACACAUUCAUCGCACGGCGGCGGCCAUCGAGAGGGUUAACCUGCUGUGGUGCUACGCCUGCCACACGAUGGACGAUGGCGAGGCCUGUGUGGAUGUGGCGGUCCGGAACGAUACCGCUCUGAUGAAGAAGUGCCAUGGCGAGGAGUUCAUCUGCAUGGUCAAGCGAUUCUCGUACACCACCAGCACGGAGAACUCGACCAGUUCGCCCAAAAUGUGGUCUUUGGAUCGCCGAUGUGCCGCCAACUGCGAGCCCGGCUGCAUCAUCAUUGGCGAGCGGACGAAACUGUAUGCCUGCACCUCCUGCUGCGAGGAGUCCUUCUGCAACACGGGUCGCGGUGCCGCCUCCGGAAUCUUUCAUCGCGAGGACACUGGCAUUGGCACACGGCUCUUCUGGCUGGCCGCCCCCUUUUUGGUCAACAUGUCGCUGGUGCUGUACAAACGUCACGCCGGCCACGUCCUCCUCAAGCUGCAAUAGUCAUCCGCAUCACCUCCACUCAAUGCCAAAUCCUAGCUUAUUAUAGAUCUAUGUCUCCUGAACUGUAGAUAGGCCAUCAGAUUGCCGUGUGAUAAUUAAAAGCUGGCCUCGUCACUACAGCGAGCUCACACAUAAACAAAACGAGAAAUCCUCUAGGCUAGUAUUAUUACCCUCAAUUAAAAUUAAUUAAAAAGAGAUUCUCAAAAUUGCAAACAAAAUAUUGGUUAUUGGUUAUUUGAUCAUAUUUACCAAAAAAAGCAGCUUUUUUUAAGUCUUUGAAUUUGAACGGAAAAUUUGUGUAUUUACUAAAUUGACUUAUGUUUACUAUUGUAUUCUUUUAUCUUAAAAUUGUCUUUAGUCCGAUUAAUUUCAAAAUGAGAGUGACAAAGCUAAUUGUAUUAUAUGCAAAAUUAGUAGCUCAUUAAUUAAUUUCAAAUCGGACGUCACAGCUUCGUUUGUCCUUAGCUUUUCCCCAUGUAAAUUGUUAAGAGAAUAAUUUUAAUCACACCAAUCAAUAUUUUGCCUCUAGGCUAGUAUUAUUAUAUUAAUAUGUUUUACCCUGAAUUAAAAUUAAUUAAAAAAAGAUUCUCAAUAUAUCAUAUAUUUAUCAAAUUAUUAUUAUAUUUCAAAAGUAAUAGUUUAAAUUACUAAUUAUUUAACAAAAAAAGCUCCUUGUUUUUAGGCCUUUGAACUUGAAUUUAUUUAUUUAUUAAAUUUACUUAUGUAUCAUUCUA